AUGGGGACUGUCAGCCUAGUUGGCGUCGAGGGACGACUCAUUGACGUGCAGGCGGGCCUAUUCAUCAAUGGUGAUUUCGUCCCGGCUUUUCAUGACGCCACUCUAGACGUCGAGAACCCAACCUCGGGCCAAAUCUUAGCCACAGUAUCGGCAUGCCAGAGCGAAGAUGUGGACAGAGCUGUCAAAGCCGCCAAAGAAGCCUACUCUUCCUGGAGAAGGGUAGCUCCUAGCAAGAGAGGGGCGUUGCUCAAUAGGCUUGCUGAUCUGGUUGAGAGGAACGCACCAGAUCUCGCGUCAUUGCAAACUCUGGAGUCGGGCCAGCUGUAUCGUGAAUCUCUGGGACUACAUGUGACUCAGGCUGUUGAAACGCUUCGAUACUAUGCUGGUUGGGCAGACAAAAUCGAUGGAUCUGGUCUCCAUCUUGCUGGGGGGAUGGCUUACACGAGGCGAGAGCCCAUUGGCGUCUGUGCCGCCAUUGUGCCAUGGAACACUCUUAUGAUUGCGUUCUGGAAGCUCGCCCCUGCCAUAGCGGCGGGCAACGUCCUGAUCCUCAAGACACCCGAGACCACGCCCCUCUGGGGGCAAAAGCUGGCUGAGAUAGUGAAGGAAUCCGGCUUCCCGCCAGGCGUUAUCAACAUCUUAUGCGGCUACGGUGACGUGGCAGGCCAGGCGCUAUCCGAGCACAUGGACGUCAAAAAGAUAGCUUUCACGGGCAGCCCGCCAGUCGGGAGGCGAAUCCUCGCCACCGCAGCCCGCACUAACCUAAAGAGAGUCUCCCUCGAAUUGGGCGGCAAGAGCCCCAGCAUCGUGUUUGCCGAUGCCGACUGGGACAACGCCCUGUUCUGGACGACGCUGGGCAUCACGGCUAGUAACGGUCAGGUGUGCGUGGCUGGCAGCAGGAUCUACGUUGAGGAUACCAUCUACCAUCGCUUCCUCGCGGAAUUCUCCAGCCGCAGCCGGAAUACCGUGGUGGGCGAUCCCUUUUCUCCGGAGACCACAAAGGCAGCCGUUGCCAGCAAGGCGCAGCUGGACAAAAUUGUGGCGUACGUGGAACAAGGCAAGCAUUCAGGGGCCAGACUGCUACAUGGCGGACAGCGGCUUGUAGGUGAUGGGUAUCUUGUGGAGAACACGGCGUUUGCAGACGUGGACCAAGGGGCAGAGAUCAUGAGGGAGGAGAUUUUCGGGCCACUGGCGUGCAUUACCAGCUUCAGGACAGAGGAGGAGGCCGUUGCCAAAGCGAAUGAUUCCGCCUACGGCCUCAGCGCAGCUGUCUUCACCAAUGAUCUGAACAAGGCUUUUAGGGUCAGCGAGGCGCUGGAGAGCGGCCAGGUCACUGUCAAUUCUUGGGGCGACGUCAGUGCCAAUGCCCCGUUUGGUGGCACAAAGGAGAGCGGUUUUGGGAGAGACAUGGGCAAGGAUGCGCUGGAUGAUUGGACUACUUGUAAGACCGUCAAGUGGCACAUUGCGCCAGCUAGCACUCAAUGA